GGUCACCACUCUUCCCCCCCAGUUCCCUCCCAGAAUCCAACAUGAAACGAAAGCUUGACGCCAACGAUGUGCCCUCUCCGGAAGCGGUCGAGGGGAAGAAAUCCAAAGAUGCGCCCGACGUCGACUUCGAAAGUCUCAAUCUGGACCCGCGACUGCGCCAAGCCUUGAUAAAAGAGAAAUUUACCAAGCCGACGCCGGUUCAGGCCAAGGCAAUCCCUCUGGCUCUCGAAGGAAAGGAUGUUCUCGCUCGCGCAAAAACUGGCUCUGGCAAGACCGCCGCCUAUGUGCUCCCAAUCCUGCAGACCAUUCUUCAGAAAAAGACGGCCGACCCGUCCCUGAAAGCCACGACCGGCCUCAUCCUCGUCCCUACUCGAGAGUUGGCCGAUCAAGUCCAGAAAGUCAUCUCCUCGUUCGCUGCCUUCUGCGGAAAGGAUGUUCGCUCUGUCAAUCUGACGCAGAAGGUGUCGGAUGCGGUUCAACGUACGAUGCUGGCCGACUACCCGGAUCUGGUGGUCUCGACGCCGUCUCGUAUCAUCGCCAACCUCGGCAACUCCGCCCUCUCGCUGGAAAACCUGACACAUCUUGUGAUUGACGAGGCCGACUUGGUUCUUUCGUACGGAUACGAUGAAGACAUCAAUGGUCUGGCUAAAGCGAUUCCUCGCGGCGUGCAGACGUUCCUGAUGAGUGCCACACUGACCUCGGAGGUGGACACUCUGAAGGGCUUGUUCUGUCGCAGUCCCGUGGUGCUGAAGCUGGAGGACAAGGACGACCAAGGUGCUGGUGUGAGUCAGUUUGUUGUGAAGUGCGCGGAAGACGAGAAGUUCCUCCUUACCUACGUCAUCUUCAAGCUUCAAUUGAUCAAGGGCAAGGUGAUCAUAUUCGUUGGAGACGUGGACCGUUGCUAUCGUCUCAAGCUGUUUCUGGAGCAGUUCGGCCUGAAGAGUUGUGUUCUUAACUCGGAGCUGCCCAUCAACUCCCGGAUACAUGUCGUUCAGGAAUUCAACAAGGGUGUCUAUGACAUUAUCAUCGCUGCGGACGAACAGGAGGUCAUGGGAGCCCGGAAAUCUUCCAAGAAGUCCAAGGAAGAUGAUGAGGCGGUGGGUUCGAGUGACGAAGAUGAGGACGAGACUGCCAAGUCCACCCGCACGGAUAAGCGCAAGAAGAUGACUGGCAAAGAGAAGGACUACGGUAUCUCUCGAGGCAUUGACUUCCAAAAUGUCGCAUGCGUGCUGAACUUCGAUCUUCCCACGACUUCCAAAUCAUACACCCACCGCAUUGGCCGUACCGGUAGGGCAGGCAAAGCCGGCAUGGCCCUGUCGUUCGUGGUGCCCGCGGAUCAGUACGGCAAGCACAAACCCACGAGCAUCUCGUCUGCCAAGCAUGACGAGACUGUCCUGGGCAAGAUUGUCAAGCGGCAGGCCAAACUUGGACACGAGGUGAAACCGUACCACUUCGAAAUGUCCCAGGUGGAUGCGUUCCGAUACCGUAUGACCGACGCCCUGCGCGCCAUCACCCGUCUCGCGGUGCAGGAAGCUCGUGCGCGGGAGAUCCGUCAGGAGCUGAUCAAAAGCGAGAAGCUGAAGCGCCACUUCGAAGAGAACCCCGAGGAGCUGCGCCAGCUGCGCCACGACGACGAAGUGCGCUCCGCCCGCGUGCAGCCGCACUUGAAGCACAUCCCCGACUACCUGAUGCCUUCCAAGGGUCGAAAGGGGAUCUCGAGCGAGAACGUGGGGUACGUGUCGUUCAAGAAAGCCAGCGACAAUCGGAUCCGGAACGCGAGGGAGAAGAAUCGGGGCAGGGGCAAAGGCAACAAAGGCCGGAAUUACGCCGGCGUGAAGAAGAGGGUGGACCCGUUGAAGACAUUCAACCGGGGGAAAAAGUGAUUUGAUCAAGUGCAUGAUGGCGUUGUUGUAUUAUGUAUCCAGUUACCCUUCCAUUUCCAAUCAAUAUUGUAGAUAUUCCAGAGGCCUUUCUGUCUCUACCGUUCUCGUCCCCCGUUUGACCUGUGGUUCUUGAAAAUAGACACUGAACUGUGGCGAGAUAACUGCCUGCUUAACGCUAUCAAUACUAAUCGCGAGGUUCAAAUUAUACGCCGCAAAGCAGCCAGCAAUAAAGAAAGAAAUGUAAACAAAUGCCAUGGAAUAAAUGCG